CUCCACACUCUCUCUCUCUCAUUCUAACAAUCAACCCUCCCACCCUCUUCGCCCCCCUCUCUCUCUCUCUCCUCCUUUCUCCCUCUACAUUCCGCAGACAGCUCCGAAUCAAUUCAUCCCUAAACCCAUCUGAUUCAGCUCAUCUCUUCAGCUGCAACCCCCCGUUUCUCUCCGCGAGACGCUUUUGGGGGAGGAACCGUGGCGGCGAUGGUGGUGAAGGACGACUGGGUGAGGGCGGCGAUAACGGACGACACCGUCGUGGUGGAGCUCCUCGUGCGGUUGAAGCAGGCCCGCGCCUCCGCUCCGAUCAAGACCGUGGCGGCGCCGGUGAGGGCGGCGGUGGCGGAGCUGCCACCUCCGAGGUGGGGGAUCCGGCAGCCGAGGACUCGGCUUGCCUUCAGAUGCGACACAGCUUCUCCCGUGAAAGGUGGAGAUUCGAGGAGGAACAGCCCGACGACUCCGCUCUCCUGGAGCGCCGGCACGGCCUCAUCCUCCGGCACCGCUGACGGCUACGAGGAGUCAGACUUGCCUGCGUGCGGCUCUUCCAGAUCCAAGGGGAUUGCGUCAAAUGAUUCUACAAGCUCGCUCAACAAGAAGUUGAAGAGAAAGAAGACAUUUGCGGAGCUUAAAGAGGAGGAGAAUCUGCUCUUGAAGGAAAGGAUUCACUUGAAUAAGGAGUUGGCAACUUUGAAUGCCACCUUCGAGGAUGAGAAGGCAAGGAACGAUAGCUUGAAGAGAAUGAAGCUCGAUUUCAAUACACAUACAUUAAAGAAUGUGGCGGGUGCCACCAGUGAACAGCUCCACAAGGCUACCCAUGGUCCACAUGGUCACUUCGAUAGGUAUUCUCUUAAAAAUGAGUCUACGAAGUUGCCAACUCAAGUGGGGCCCCAUAAUUAUGCACCAUCGGGUGUUUCCCAGGAGCCCGAGCCUGUUGAGAAACGAGACGCAUCUUUCGUGCUGCCUGAUCUUAACCUGAUGCCAUCUGAAGAUGACUUCUGCUCGUAGAGACUGCGCCAGAUUAGCUGGGAAGGAACAACAAAGUCUGCGUCUGCUCCGAGUUUGAAGCAAGGCAUAGCAACUAUUAAAUGCUUGUAUAUGCUUUUUAAAGGGCCAGCUCUGAUGUCGUCCGGGGUCACAAUCAGGCGGAAAUCUCCUGAAGCUUCUAGACUCAAGAGGCAAGCUCAGUAGUUCUCCGAUUCCCGGAAGCAGAUAUCAGAGACUGUGCCUCGUAAAUCCUCCAGAGAUAGAAAGCCAAGUUCAGGAAGGGAAAAUUCCGCAGGGGCCUGGUCUAUGAUCUCCUCCUGGGAUUAUAUUAGGGUAACCCCUUGUUAAUUCUCAUGAUGUUGACAUGGAGGGUGACGAAGGAUGGAUCAUUCUUUUUUUUUUUUCUUUUUCUUUUUUUUCUUUUAAUUGUUCUUUUGUAGGCGGAGUUGUUGGAAUUUUCCACAGCUAUAUUUUCAAUCUAAUCAAUUUUUUGUUUCCUUUUCAAUUUGUAUAUGUAUAAAUCUUUCAGUCCUCUA